AUGAACUUGAGUUCCAUGGAAGAGGACGAGUUCCUCAUGCCAUCGAUGAUCGACAUGGACGUACUGCCUCCACCGAACAAUGAAGACCUGCAUGUGCUUAUCAUGGCGGUGUCUUACCUGUUGCUAUUCCUUCUAGGCACAUGUGGGAACGUGGCCGUUCUGACGACUAUCUACCAUGUUGUACGUUCAAGUCGUGCCACACUCGACAACACCCUCAUCUAUGUGAUCGUGCUGUCCUGCGUUGACUUUGGCGUGUGCCUCAGUCUUCCGUUCACGGUCAUCGAUCAGAUUCUUGGCUUUUGGAUGUUUGGCACAGUGCCAUGCAAGCUUCAUGCGGUUUUCGAGAAUUUUGGCAAAAUCCUUUCGGCAUUGAUUCUGACCGCCAUGUCCUUUGAUCGUUAUGCAGGAGUUUGUCAUCCACAGAAGAAAUUCCUUCGAUCCAGAAAACUGGCCAUUACCAUUCUGAUCGGUUUGUGUUUUUCCUAUCCAAGAGGUUUUUUCGGGUAG